AUGUCUGAAGCUCAGGAGACCCCAGCUAGUGGCGAGAUGGACGCGGAAGAUGCAAUGCGCGAGAUGAUGGGUUUCAGCUCGUUCACCACUCGCCCCAAGAAUCGAUCGGAAACCACCUCUGCACACCUCCCAUCACAGGCACCAGCAGUGUCGACCCGAUCGGCCAACAACCAAGAUUUCUCUACUGGAUCCAAGCCAACUGCUACAAGCACACUUCGGUCUACAGAGCUAGCUCAAGGCCAACAGCAGCAGAUGACGACUGUCCCGACACCAGAUAUUGUACCAUCAUUUCCUACCCAGCAACAAGCGAUCUACGUGUUCACAUCUCCGCAAACCGGCAUAUCCUACACAAAGCAGGAGCUCGAUGAAUGGUCGCGAGGCAAACUCAACGAUCAAGGUGAUAAGGUCUACUUCAAACCCGGUUUCGUUGACGAAGAUCCUUGGUCUCGACUUCGGAAGAGAGGAGAGACGAAGAGCAACAAUAGCGAAGGUAUGGGGAAGACAGCUGUACAGAAGGCAAGAUGA